AUGACAGAGGAAGACCUCAACCACAACUCCGACUCUAGCGACGUCGAAGAUGUCGGCGGCGGUCUCUUCAACGAACCUGAUGAUUGGAAGCCAAAAACCCCACCCCCAACCUUCGCAUCUCACACUCUUUCCCUCUCCCCAAACUCUUCCAUAACCGUCCGUCUGAUCGGAAAAUCCCCCCUCUGGGGCCACCUCCUCUGGAACGCCUCCCGCGUAACCUGCGACUACAUCGAAUCAACCGCCAAAUCCUUCGUCGAAGGGAAAUCUGUCAUAGAAUUCGGGGCAGGGGCAGGAUUACCUUCUCUCGUAUGUGCAGGAUUAGGUGGCAAGACCAUAGUCAUAACAGACUACCCGGACCCGGAUUUAAUCCAAAACAUCGAAUAUAACAAACUCCAUUCCCUUGCUUCUGUUGAUGAUGAUGAAGCAAGUCUUCAAAAUGAAGAUGGGACGAGGAAGGUGGUUCUCCCCAAAUCGAGUACAAUCCAUUGCACGGGUUACAUUUGGGGUGCUCCCCCAGAUCACCUCCUGGAAAUCUCGCCGGGUGGAUACGACCUCUGCAUCCUAUCGGAUCUCCUCUUCAACCAUUCUCAACAUGAAGCCUUGCUUAACAGUCUAAAAUUCACUCUCGCAAAACCAGAUGGUGUCGCAUUGGUCUUCUUCACUCCUCACAGGCCGUGGCUGUACGAGAAGGACCUCAAUUUCUUCAAAAUUGUCCGGGAAUCCGGGGACCUAGAGGUUGAGCAGGUGGUAGACAAGCUAUUGGACAAGGUAAUGCUUGAGGAACCUAGAGGGGACCAGAGUCUGCUCUUGAAAGUCUUCGGGUACAAAAUUACUUGGAAAAAAUAG